CAACAUUUGCAAAGCGUACGAAGAAAAUUAUAGCAAAUAAAAAAAAACAAAAAUUGAGAAAAAUUUAAAUUAGCAGUGCUAAAACGCAAUUUUUGAAAAGGCCGAAAAAGACGCUCACCCCAUUAACAGUUUCAAAUUUAAUUUCUUCGCCGUCUACUAACUGUUGUUUACGCGCAUUCAACUUUGAGCCAAACAAACAAGCGAAUAAUAAAAAAAAAAAAAAUUAAAACAAAAAAAAAACCGAUUCGACAUACAUCUCCUUCAACGCCUCAGCAUAGCGCGGCAACCGUCGUCGGCCUUAAAUGUUCAUCAAAAAUAAUACAAUUUUGAAUAGCAGCAGUGGAGUUGGCGUUGGCGUUGGCAGCGGCAGUGGUAACGGCAGUCUUGGUGUUGAUAGCAUCGUCGGUGGUGGUGGCAGUGAGAGCAUUGGGGCGAGCAGCGUGGCAGGCAGCAUUAGUAUCGCCAGUAGUAGCAGCGUCGGCGGCAGCAGCAUUAGUAUUGGUGGCGGAGGCGGUGGUGGCGGCGGCGGUAGUGCAGAGUUGCUCUAUCCGAGCAGCAGCAGCAGUAGUAGUUCGAGCACAAGUGGCCAAGCCAGUAGCGCUUGUAGUCAUAGCGGUAGUAGCAGUAGCGUCAGCGCAGGCAGUGCAGCGCCACUAAAUCCAACGCGUGCAUCUCGCAACGCCACACAGACUGACAACAAUAAUAGUAGCAGCGCCAAACGCGGCCUCAAUUUGAGCUUAUUACACAAUCACAGCAAUAGCUCAAGCGGCAGCAGCAACAGCAGCAACGGUAAUAACAAUAACCACAAUAGUCACAACAGCACCGGCGGCAGCAGUGGCCUUGGCUUGUUGGUUGGCAAUAGUGUUGGCGGCAUUGUUGGCAGUGGCCGACGUUUAAUUGGUGGUCUUGGUGGUAGUAUUUGGCGUUCGGCCACUUCGAAUACAUCUUCAUCAUCGUCAACGUCUGCAUCAUCCUCAGUUUCAGCUACCGCCUCUGCGCCGACAGCAAACGUAAACGCUCACUUAGCAGCUAGCGCAACUGCGUCCGUAUCUUCGAAUUCGACAUCGGCAUCAUCGCCAACAGCCUCGUACGCCAAUUCGACAGCCAGCAGUAGUGCUGUGGCAUUGACCAUUGCUGACGGUUUCACCAUAGCCGGCGGUAAUAAUUACUUUUUAAGUGGCAGUGCGCCGGCGGCUGUAGCAGCAGCAGCAACUGCAGCAGCGAUUGUUUACAGCGCCGGCUGUGGUAGAGGCAAUAGUGGUAGCGGUAGCAGCAACAGCAGCAACAGUAGCUAUUUGCGCGGCCAUACAAAAGCAUUAUUAUUGCAAACGGUUAACACAACAGCAGCAACAACGGGUAGCAGCGUGAGUGCAGUUGCUGGCGAGAGCAGCGCCAUCAUCAAAAUGGACGAAGAGGACUCGAUGGAUGAGGAAGUGCCACAAACAUUCCUCAGUUCAUCGGAUACGGAUGAUGAACCUAUAAAACAACUGCCAAAAGAAAUUCUUUUACGUAUUUUCUCCUAUUUGGAUGUGGUGUCUUUAUGCAGAUGUGCACAGGUCUGCAGAUAUUGGAAUGUGCUAGCCUUGGAUGGAUCAAGUUGGCAGAAGAUCAAUUUAUUUGAUUUUCAACGUGACAUCGAGGGUCCAGUUAUUGAAAAUAUAUCCCAACGAUGUGGGGGCUUUUUGAAAUUUCUUUCAUUGCGCGGCUGUCAAUCAGUUGUUGAUAAAUCAAUAAGAACAUUAGCGUUUCACUGCCCCAACAUAGAAAACUUGGACUUAUCCGAAUGCAAGAAGAUCACCGAUAUAUCGACACAGUCAAUAAGCAAAAACUGUGCAAGAUUAGCAGCAAUCAAUUUGCAAUCGUGCUCUAAUAUAACAGAUGAUAGCUUAAAAUAUGUAUCGGAUGGAUGUCCGAACUUACUUGAAAUCAACAUUUCUUGGUGUCAUUUAAUCUCAGAGAAUGGCGUUGAGGCCUUGGCGCGUGGCUGUAAAAGGCUGCGCAAAUUCUGCAGCAAAGGUUGUAAACAGGUCAACGACAAUGCCAUCACCUGCCUGGCCAGAUUCUGUCACGACCUAAUGGUGCUCAAUUUACACAGCUGCGAGUCAGUCACCGAUGCCUCGAUACGACAGAUCGCAGCGAAUUGUCCUAAAAUGCAGAAGCUUUGCGUUUCGAAAUGUGCCGAACUCACUGAUCACUCGCUCAUGGCUCUCUCGCAGAACAAUCCGCUGCUGAACACACUCGAAGCAUCCGGCUGUCGUAACUUUACUGAUAUCGGUUUUCAGGCAUUGGGCAAGAAUUGCAAAUAUUUAGAACGCAUGGACUUGGAGGAGUGCAAUCAGAUAACAGACUCGACGCUGGCGCAUCUGGCUACAGGUUGUCCCAGUUUAGAGAAACUGACCUUGUCGCAUUGUGAGCUUAUCACAGACGAUGGCAUACGUCAGCUGGCGGCUGGUAGUUGUGCAGCUGAAAGUUUAUCCGUCCUCGAAUUGGAUAAUUGUCCAUUAAUCACCGAUCGUACAUUAGAGCAUUUAGUAUCUUGUCACAAUUUACAAAGAAUCGAGCUAUUUGACUGCCAAAUGAUAUCGAGAGCAGCAAUACGAAAAUUAAAGAAUCAUCUACCAAAUAUUAAGGUACACGCCUAUUUUGCACCAGUAACACCGCCACCAGUCACCACUGGACAUCGCCCACGGUAUUGUCGCUGUUGUGAGAUUCUCUGAGAUUCGGCCAUCGGCUUCGCCAGGAAAUUCUUGUGCAAGGGCCCUACUGACUGAUGUUUGUAUAUAUUUACUAGUACGUUUCUAAUUGUUCUGACGAUCAUUAUGACAUCGCUAACACUCAUGUAUCUCUUCUCAAUGAUUUACUAUGUUUUUUGAAAAUUAACUAAAAAUGCUAAAAUGGCAACAUACAACAAAAACAACAAGAAGAAGAACUAUAACAAGUAUCACAAUAAAAAAAGCAAAAACGCCACUAAAAUUGCAAGAAAGAUUUGUGUGCGAAAGGCAAAGGCAAAGGCAAAGCAAAAGCAAGCCAAGCAAAGACAAAACAAAGCAAAGCAAAGCAAAAAAUGUAUUAACGAAAUGAAAAAUGUUAAAUAAAAAUUUGUAAACGAAAUUGAUGUAAUAAACGAAAGGCAAGGCUUGGAAAGAUAUAUACAUAUAUACAGAAAAGAAAACAAAAGCAAAGAAAUGUAAACAACGCAUUUAAAUGAAUGUGUGCGUAUUGAAUGCAGCAAUGAUUAGACGUAGAUAUACAUACAAGUAAUUAAUUUAAAAACAAAAUAAUUGAAACAAACUCUCUUAGUUUGCAAGACAUGCCAACUUUGAAAAUUUGAUAAGGCAAAGGUAAAGGUAGGCGAAAUAUUUUGGAAAUGCGGAAAAGUUGGGGAUUUUAACGAAAUUCUAAAAUCAAAAUAUAAUGCACAAAGCAAAAUUAAAAUCGAAAAAGACUUAAACAUUUAAAGUGAAAACUCAAAUACAUACAUAUGUAUGUAGUUAAUUGAUAAUUGAUUGAAAUUUUAAGGUAAAAAUCAUUGGCUGCUGACAAAAACCAACAACAAAACAAAAAAAAAAAGAAGAAAUUAAGAAGCUUUGGCGUUUGACGCUUUCCAUUACUAUUUGCAAUUUUACACAUUUAACUACAUACAAAUAUUUUUUAUUUCUGCUGCGCAUACAAAAAUAAAAGUAGUGAGUAUUAGAACAUAGAGCAAUAUUCCUUGAUUGAAAAUUGAGAAGCUAAAUGCGGUUGGAGAGUUGGUGAGGUGUAGGGAAAUGUUUGUGAUUUUAUGCGAUUUUGCCUGUAUUUAUACAUACAUAUACAUACAUAAAUAUAUCAUUUUGUGUUA